ACUUGCGUUUUGCGCUUUUGGAUCCCUCGCCGGGCAGUCCAUAAUCAGAUCUGAAUCUAUACGACCUUGUUCAACUUUAUUCGUUCACAAUUCACUUUCUGUGAUCUCUGAAUCUCACCGAAAGCUCCAAACCCUAUUACCUUGCGAUUGUUCAUGUCAACUUUACUGCUUAGGAGAAACAACGAAACGAAAUAGGCAGAGGAACGUCUUUGCCUCUGCCGACGAAAUCAAUUGCAAUUGAUACAGGUUUAUCAUUUUGAGUAAAGAAGAAGGUUUGAGCAGAGAUGGUAAGCAGAGGCUCAUACAGCUCUAGCAGCCUCUGGCCUGGUAGAUUUCAUGCUAGAAAGCUGUCUCCCAGCAUAAUCACUUUCUAUACCCUGUUCAUAUUUGCUUUCUCCAUCUUUGUGUUCUUGUUCUACGUGAGGAACAUCGGGGUCGAUGAAGAUCCACCACACCCUCUGCUUUCUCAACAAUCUCAAUUCCACCAGGUGCCAGAGUUACAUAUGCACAACAAACAACUUUGGGAUUCUCCGUUCAAUCAUGGCUUACACCAGUGUGUCAAGCCGACUACUAAAUAUAAAGGUGCCCAAGGAUUUGAUCGCUAUUUGACUGUGAGAAGUAAUGGUGGACUAAAUCAAAUGCGAACUGGUAUAUCAGACAUGGUGGCUGUGGCACAUAUAAUGAAUGCAACUUUAGUCAUACCCCAAUUGGAUAAACGUUCAUUCUGGCAAGACUCAAGUGUAUUUUCAGAUAUAUUUGAUGAGCUUCAUUUCAUUGAAUAUCUGAAAGGAGAUAUCAGGAUUGUGAAGGAGCUUCCCAAAAACUUGGAAGGUGUGCCCCGGGCCAGGAAACACUUUACUUCCUGGUCUGGAGUUGGUUACUAUGAAGAGAUGACAAGGUUAUGGAAUGAAUAUCAGGUGAUACAUGUUGCAAAAUCUGAUUCUCGACUUGCAAACAAUGAUCUUCCUCUGGACAUCCAGAGAUUGAGAUGCCGUGCAAUGUACCAUGCACUUCAAUUUUCUCCUCCUAUAGACAAUUUAGGAAAGAGGUUGGUGGAUCGGCUGAGAUCACGUGGGGAAAGGUAUAUUGCUCUCCAUCUGAGAUAUGAGAAAGAUAUGCUAUCUUUUACUGGUUGUGCAUAUGGUCUGACAGAUGCAGAAUCUGAGGAGCUUAGGAUUUUGAGGGAGAAUACAAAUUAUUGGAAAGUAAAAAAUAUAAAUUCUACAGAACAGAGAAUUGGAGGAUUUUGUCCGCUGACUCCAAAAGAGGUGGGCUUUUUUCUUCAUGCUCUUGGGUUUCCCCCAUCAACACCAAUAUACAUUGCAGCAGGGGAGAUCUAUGGUGGUAAUACUCAUCUUUUGGAGCUCUCCUCCCGCUUCCCUAAUCUAAUAUUUAAGGAAUCCCUUGCUACUCCUGAAGAGCUGGAAGCUUUUGCCAAUCAUGCAUCUCAAACUGCUGCACUUGAUUACAUAAUCUGUGUAGAGAGCGAUGUAUUUGUUCCAUCAUAUUCAGGAAAUAUGGCAAGAGCUGUUGAGGGACACCGCAGAUUCUUAGGUCAUCGCAAGACAAUCAACCCAGACAGGAAAGGACUUGUUGGAAUUUUUGAUAUGCUGGAAACUGGAGAGAUAAAAGAAGGAAGGGAACUGUCACAAAUGGUGCGGCGGAUGCACAAGAACAGGCAAGGAGCUCCAAGGAAAAGGCAAGGUCCCCUACCAGGAGUUAAGGGCCGAGCGCGAUUUAGGACUGAAGAGUCCUUUUACGAAAAUCCAUACCCUGAGUGUAUAUGUGGCUCUAGAAGCAAACUAGAAAUAACAUGACGACGCACCAAACUGUAGUUUCAAUCUAAAAUUUUUGGAGGGACCGGUUUAUCUGUAAAUUUGUUUUUGGCAAACUAGGAUUGUAAGUAGCCAUUUCUGGUAUGCUCGGUUUAUCUGUGCCCUACAGCUAUACCCUUGAUCACAAAUAUCUUUAUUUAGCAUUUCUUAAGCGAAUUACCUUUUUUAUUUCUGGAUUGUACAUGAUUUAUAUCACAUUAAAUUUUAAUUCGUAGAUAGAGUAUGAUUUUUAUU